GGCGUAGCAGCCUGGGCGAAACAAGGAAAUGGUUGUGUUAGUCAUAUCUUGAGAAGCACUGCUGGCUUAACUGGAUCCACGACGGUAGUGUUCCGUCAAGAAUGGCGUAGAGGCCAAUUUUCAGAACACGAAAAACAGGACUUUUUACUGAUGGUGCAGGCUUGACGGUGGUUAUUCAGGGGGGAGUUUACUUCAAAUCCGGAAACUGGUAGGAAGUAGCUUGCUAGCUGCACUGUAACGUUAAUGCCAACAUGGCAGCGAGCAGCCAAGGCCCAGGGAAGGGGGUCGGGGAAGACAAGACAUCCGGACGUAGACAUAGUGAAGGUAACACGAAGCUGAAGUACAUCAGUUUGGCGGUGCUGGUGGUCCAGAAUGCCUCGCUCAUCCUCAGCAUCCGCUAUGUCCGCACGCUCCCCGGGGACCGCUUCUUCACCACGUCGGCGGUCGUCAUGGCGGAGGUGCUCAAGGUUCUCACCUGCCUGCUCAUCAUUCUGCUCCAGAAGAGAGGGAACGUGAAGGAUUUUAUUGCACUGCUGUAUGACUCCAUUGUAAGUCAGUACUGGGACACCUUGAAACUGGCUGUACCUUCGCUCAUCUACACCCUGCAGAAUAAUCUCCAGUAUGUGGCCAUCUCCAAUCUGCCUGCUGCUACCUUCCAGGUGACAUACCAGCUGAAGAUCCUGACCACGGCCCUUUUCUCCGUGCUCAUGCUGCGGAAGAGCCUGUCCCGGGUCCAGUGGGUGUCUCUGGUGCUGCUGUUUGCGGGGGUGGCCAUCGUUCAGGUGGAGCAGGAGGGCAAGCAGAAGGAGACCACGGUUUUGAACCAGAACCAGAACUAUGCCAAGGGGCUGGUGGCGGUGGUGGUGUCGUGCCUGUCCUCGGGCUUCGCGGGGGUGUACUUUGAGCGCAUCCUGAAGGGCAGCUCGGCCUCCGUGUGGCUGAGGAACGUCCAGCUGGGCAUCUUCGGCACCCUCAUGGGCCUGCUGGGCCUGUGGUGGAACGACGGCCCCGCCAUCGCGGAGAGCGGCUUCCUGUUCGGCUACACGCCCAUGGUGUGGGGCGUGAUCUUCAACCAGGCCUUCGGGGGCCUCCUGGUGGCCGUGGUGGUGAAGUACGCGGACAACAUCCUCAAGGGCUUCGCCACGUCCUUCUCCAUCAUCGUGUCCACGGUCACGUCCGUCUACCUCUUCGGCUUCCACGUGGACCUGCUGUUCACUCUGGGCGCGGGCAUGGUGAUCGGGGCCGUCUAUAUGUACAGUCUGCCCAAAGUAGCAGCUCCCUCCUCUGCUCCCUCCGACCUCGACUCCUCCUCCUCCGCCCACAGGAGCCAUUUAUCCAACGCCGGCGAGGACUCAGAGACGGACCCUUUCCUCGCCAAUCAAACGUGUUUCAGUCACACAGGUUACAUGCUGCUACAUGCUUGGAAUUUGACUCACAGAAAAGAGAAAAGUUCCAUGGGAAAGAAAAGGGGUGUUGACAGUUCUUUCUGAGCAUGGCUUUGACCCAAGAUUCAUCAUCCAGCGUUCCACUCCAAACGCCAAAGAGUGAAAGGAUUUCAUAUAAGUCGUAUAUUGCCUUUUUCAUAAUUGUGAAUCCAAAUGCAUUUACACACAGUCUAAUGCAGUGUUUUAAAUGGACAGUGGAACAAAUAAAUGUAAUGUGUGACAAAACUAGGCAUUGAAACUAUUGACAUAUGUUUGUUUUUUUGUUUGUUUGGCUUGUUCUGGGUGCCAGGGUCCAUUUCCUUGGGCUCUGAUUUAUUUACAUAUAAAAAAAGAAACUAAUUUUGUAACCCAUUUUGGCAUAGAUGUGUUUUUAGGUUUUCAUGCUGCCUUGUUAGUUUUGACCGACACACUUAAAAAUAUGACACACUUGACUGUAAUGCCUUUGUGUUCUAAUGUAUUUCAAUAUUUUGUACAGCAAGUGCAAUUGCUUUAUAUAUGAAUUGUUAAUUAACUAACACAGUAUGUAUGUGUGUUUGUAAACCAUACAACCAAGCCAUAGUGUGUGUGUGUGUGUGUGCGCACACACACACACACACACAUACACACAAUUUGUUUAAAUGUUUUGGUUUACAGAAUUAGUUUGCAUGUAAGGUACAACCAAUACAAACCUAGGAUGGGUAUAGCUUAUAUUUUAAUUGUAAGCAUGUCAAUAGAGCCCUACUUUUAAGCUAAUUUGUUAGCCUACUUGAUAUUGAAUUUUUUCUAUUCACUAGUGACUGUAAUUAUCCCAUAUUUAACCAGUCUUGAUACAUUUCAUACCUAAGGGAGCACUGAUGCUUUGAGCCAUCUGCUUUAACAUGUACACCAAGGCAACGACCAUCUUACAAGAUAAACACUAAAUACUAUAACACAAAGGUAAAGAAAGCAAUUGUAGGCGCAAGUGUAAGAUGAUCCUGUCCCUGGUGUGUACUCAGCAUUGUCAGGUCCCUUUCCAUAGGACCUUUUUGAGGAAAUGGCUGAUGGGAAUAAAAAGGAUCCAUGUACAUAUUAUGUUAAGGCUGAAGCAAUUACAUUUCUUCACAUUUACAAUUACAUUUGAGAUAUUAAAAGUGUUGUGUUUUCAUACAUUAAGCUAUAUGUUACGGUGCUUUUAUAAGGUCUUGUUUAGUCAUUAAAAGCCCCAAAAUAGUUGGAUUUCAAAGAUAUUUAUUGAUAGUAAAGAGUUUCAUUGUUGCUAUAUGGUACUUAAUGGUGUGGACAGAAUUGUUUGUUUAUAUAAAAUGUAUUUAUGUAUUUACAAUAAAAAUAGAAAAAUGUUCAUUCAUAGCUUCACCCUUUACCGGUUUGUCCGGUUUCUUGAUAUGCUGGACUGAGUGCCUUGUUUCACGUUUACGUGUACUGCACACUACUGCUCAAAGAAAAACACUUUUUACACAGUAACAUUUUAUUCUACUUUACUCAGACAGUAUACUUGUAUGUAACCUUUGUCCAGAAUAAUAAAAUUAAAUGUACUUUUCAUUAAACA